AUGUCUUCCGUAGUUACCUCCACCAAUGCUCAACAGACGGCUUCAUCUCAGCCACAGAGUCGUGAACAUCAGCACCGAGGAAGCAGAGGCGGAAAAGCUCAAGGAAAUAAAGGAAGAGGACGUGGUGGACGAGGAGGACGAGAGAUUAAUAAUGGAAGGGAAACCAAGGUCAUCAAGAAUCAGGACUCCGGGGCUAAGGAGAGCAGAGAGAAAACAAACUUGGUGGAAGAUACGACCCGUGUUGUCGCUGCUGCUGCCGACGACGUAGAUUCUGAAAGUGAUGUCUGCUGGAUCUGCGCUGAGCCCGUAAUAUACUACUCACUUUCUGCGUGCAAUCACCGCACGUGUCACGUUUGUGCGUUGAGGCUCAGGGCACUUUACAAGAAGGAUGUCUGCACAUUCUGUAAGGAACCUCAACAAGAUGUAAUCUUCACAACUUCAGCUGAUAAGCCUUUUGCUGAAUAUUCCGACGAACUUUCUUCGUCGAUUGAUGGUUCUUCACCAAAAUUUUACGAUCCGAAACUUAGAGUCGCAUUCGAAACGCAGGAGAUGAUGACAGAGUCGCUUAUUCUUUUGCGCUUUAACUGUCCAGACAAUGAAUGUGACUACAUCGCCAAAGGAUGGGGCGAUCUGAAGAUGCAUGUUCGAGCAAGCCAUGGCAGGUUGAUGUGCGAGCUGUGCAUCCGGAGCAAAAAGGUAUUUGCACAUGAGCAUGUGUUAUACACCUAUCAGCAGCUCCGAGUCCAUCUACCUUCCAUGGAUUACAGCGGUAGGCAGCGUCCCGGCAAGAAAUCUAAUGCUACUUUGAACCCACCAGAAGGUGGGAUUCACCCCUUGUGCGAAUUUUGCCGAGAAUGCUUCUUCAGUGAGGACGAGCUCUACGCUCACAUGCGGGAACGGCACGAAGAGUGUUUCGUCUGUAAGAGGGAAGGGGUAAGAGACAAUUAUUUCGCAGCUUAUCCUGAUCUUGAAUCUCACUUUUCCACUGCACAUUAUGCAUGCACGCAUCCCGAAUGCUUACAACGCAAAUUUGUCGUGUUUGGCAGCGCCUUAGAUCUACAAGCACACAUGGUAGAUGAACAUGGUGCCAGUAGAAAGGUCGUCGGAAUUGAGUUUGCAAGUGGGGCUGGUGGAGGAAGAGAUAUUGGGAGCAGGAAUAAUAGGGAUCCACCACCAAGACAGCAGCCACCUCCGUUACCGCCUCCAGCUCCCUCUCAAAAUCAAAGUAGAAGAAGACAGGCGUUUGGCGGGGCUUUAACUAGUGGAGAUGCGACCCCAACAACAAGCAGUCCUGCACCCGUAAACAUUGGACCCGGACUAGGAAUUAGUCGGCGUUCAUCACCCACCGCGAAUGCAGAUAGGGAAGACACAUUUGUGGAUCCCGCUGUAGCAGAUCGCCACAGUGCGUUCCUCACGCUCCUCUCCAAUCUCGCUCCAAAUCCAUCCAGCGCGUUGACAGCUGUUAAAGCUGCCGCGCGGGGCUACAGAGCCGGCGAAAGCACUGCGCGGGAUCUCAUCGGAAUCGUAUGGAAUGUGUUGGAUGCUUCACAAAAUAAAGGUUCGGGAAAAAGCGGUACGGAAGGAUUGGAACCUACCGCAAGGGUGAUCAAUUCGUUUGUGGAUCUGCUUGAAGAGGAUGAAGAUAGGGAUGGUAUAGAGGAGAAAGACAAGAAGAGUUUAGAACUACUGAGAGAGUGGAAAGGAUUUGAAAUCGAGCAACGUCGUCAAUUCCCGGACCUCAUUGCCUCAGCAACAGCAUCUUCGUCGACCGGAGGUUAUGCAGCUAUCACCUCUGGACGUGUCCUCAACGCGAAACAUUCUACUCAUACUUCUUCUAACCGAGGUGGUUCUUCCACCAGAAGAGUAUGGGAUCGUGUUGCACAAGCAGCCAAUUCGAGCUCUGGAGCUCGAUUACCAAAUGCUGCAGGUCCUUCGGGUUCUCUCGUUCCCGGUUCUUUGGCGGCUGUAAACGCAAAGACUGCCGACAAGUUUCCACCGCUUGGAGGUGGUGGAGUUGGCUCAUCCAAAGCACCCACAGGAUCACGAAAAACUCCUUGGGCCGGUUCUGGGUCCACCACCUCUGGUGCUGUUAAUCCUAGUGCAACAUCUGCAUUCCCUGGUCUAUCAUCCUCAGCUUCAUCCUCUUCCCCCGCGCCAUUACGCCCGUUUUCGGUCCCUGCCUCAUCCAUAACAUCAAAGACAAGGACCAAUGGCACGCCCCCUCCAAAAUUGAGCACAGCUGCAUUCCCAGGUCUCCCCACUUCUGAGAAUAAGCGUGAGAAGGUGCAGGUGAAAGGGAACGUGUCGUUGAGGAAUAUAUUGGGUUCCACGAAGGAAGUCCCAACGUCGAAGUGGGGCGCUUCUGGUGGAAACGGCUUGAAUGGUACUGGUGCGUUGCCUGCGCCUGGAUCGGGAUCGGCUACACCCGUUACGACACCUGGUCCCAAUGAAGUGGAAGAGUUGGUUGAGCCCACAGAAGUAGAAGUUGGAGAGGGGUUGAGUGCGACCGGGAAGAAGAGUCAAGUUCACAACAAAGGGAAGGGUAAAGGAAAGCAGAAACAGAUGCUGUUCACUUUGGGAUCAUUUCCUACGUAG